AUGGCUCGAUCUCACGCCGACCGCCCCUUCCGCCCGCCGGAUCGGGGUCCGCUGCCGCCGCACCGCUCACAGCAGCACAGCCAGCCGCACCCGCAGACCGCCGCGAUCCUCCUCCUUCGCGCGGGCCCCGAUUUCUCCUCCCCGUCCGCCACGGAGGUCGACGCGCUCGUCGCCGGCCUCCGCCCCGACAGCCUCUCCGUCUUCUCCUCCGGCCGCCACGCCGCUCGCCUCCUCUUCCGCUCCCUCCCUGCGGCCGCGGCCGCGGCGCGUGACCUCUGGUCGCUCCGCCUCGAGGGCCGCCACCUCCUCACCCCGUACCUCCCCGACGCCGCCCUCGCCGCGAAGGCAUUCCCCCUAAUCUCCUCGCUCUUCGCCUCCCACGCCUCCCGCCUCCUCGACUCCGACCUCGUUUCCCGUUUAGCCGCCCGCUCAUCUCAGCUCGCAGCCUCCGUCCAGACUGUCAAGCACCGCCUGCGCGUCCGCCGCAGUAACCUCCGCGACUUCGAUCAGUUCAAUCUCCAGAGGAAAACGCUGGAGGCUGACAAGGAUUUGUUAGACGCUAAAAUUGCCGAGUAUAAAGCAGCAAUGAUGUCGAUACGUCGUGCGAUGCUAAGUGGGACGGAUGAAGAGGAGGAGGUGGACCAGGAGGAGGAGGGGGUUGAUCUGUUUGGGAUUGUGGAAGAUGAUGAUGUGGAUUUUGCGAGGGUGCACACGAUGAUGCUGCGUGAGUGCAGGCGGCUCAAUGAGGGGCUACCAAUCUAUGCAUACCGUAGAAAAAUUCUCAAUCACAUAUUCGCUAACCAGGUUAUGAUCUUAAUUGGGGAAACUGGUUCUGGGAAAAGCACACAAUUGGUUCAGUAUCUUGCUGACUCAGGUCUUGCUGCCAACGGUUCAAUUGUCUGUACCCAACCUCGAAAAAUUGCUGCUAUAACGUUGGCACGUAGAGUAGAUGAAGAAAGCAAUGGCUGCUAUGCAGAAAAUUUUGUGUCGUCAUGUUCAACCUUUUCCUGUUCUCGGGGCUUCAGUUCGAAGAUCAUAUUUGGCACAGAUAGUUAUCUUUUACAUCACUGCAUGAACGAUACGGGCCUGGAUGGCGUUUCAUACAUUAUUGUUGAUGAAGCUCAUGAAAGAAGCUUGAACACCGAUCUUCUCUUAGCUUUGAUAAAGAAGAAGCUGCUUGAUAGGGUGGAUUUGCGACUCAUUAUAAUGUCUGCCACUGCUGAUGCUAAUAGACUAGCUGAAUACUUUUAUGGCUGUCAAACAUUCCAUGUUAAAGGGCGAAAUUUUCCUGUUGAAAUUAAAUAUAUCCCAGAUGUAUCAGUGGAUGCUUCCUUCAAUAUUGUACCGAACUCUCUGAAUGAUGCUUGUGCUACUGCUUCUUAUGUCAAUGAUGUUGUAAGGGUGGUAAGUGUGAUUCACAAGAAUGAAGAAGACGGUGCCAUACUUGCUUUCUUGACAUCUCAACUGGAAGUUGAGUGGGCCUGUGAAAACUUCAGCGAUGCAAGUGCUGUGGUACUUCCUAUGCAUGGAAAGCUUUCCCAUGUAGAACAGAGUCGUGUUUUCAACAGCUACCCCGGUAAGAGAAAAGUUAUCUUCUGCACGAAUAUGGCUGAAACGUCGCUGACCAUCAAAGAAGUGAAGUAUGUUGUUGAUCCUGGACUGGCCAAGGAGAGCAGAUUUGUGCCUAGUAGUGGUCUCAAUGUGCUGAAAGUAAAUUGGAUUUCCCAAAGUUCCGCUAAUCAACGUGCUGGCCGGGCCGGUCGAACAGGCGCAGGGAAGUGUUACAGGCUUUACUCUGAAUCUCACUUCAGAAUGAUGGAAGUACAUCAAGAACCUGAAAUCCGGAAAGUUCAUCUUGGCACUGCUGUUCUGAGAAUACUUGCUUUGGGUGUUAGGGAUGCACAGAAUUUUGAGUUUGUUGAUGCCCCAAAUCCAGAAGCAAUCAAUAUGGCUUUGAAGAACCUUGAACAAUUGGGUGCUGUCAAAUGUAAAUGUAAUUUGUUUGAGCUGACUGAUACCGGACGCUACCUGGUCAAAUUGGGAAUUGAGCCAAGGCUUGGCAAAAUUAUGCUUGAUUGCUUUGAUUCUGGUUUGAGGAAGGAAGGUGUAAUUCUAGCUGCUGUUAUGGCAAAUUCUAGCAGCAUAUUUUGUAGAGUGGGCACUAAUGAGGAGAAACAUAAAGCUGACCUUCAGAAGGUCCGAUUGUGUCACCAAGAUGGAGAUCUCUUCACUUUACUCGCUGUUUAUAAAAAAUGGGAGGAUGGGAAUGGAAACAGGAAUAUGUGGUGCUGGCAGAACAGCAUCAACGCCAAGACCAUGAGGAAGUGCCAGGAUACUAUAUCAGAGCUUGAAAAUUGUCUAAAGCAUGAACUCAACAUUAUUAUCCCAAGUUAUUGGUGUUGGAAUCCUGAGGUUCCCUCUAUGCAUGAUAAGUUGCUAAAGAGAAUUAUUCUAUCAUCUCUUGCAGGCAAUCUUGCUAUGUUUUUAGGACAUGAAAAGUUUGGUUACCAGGUGAUUUCGACAGAUCAGGCUGUGAACCUUCAUCCCUCAUGCUCAUUGCUCAAUUAUGGCAGCAAGCCAGAGUGGGUGGUGUUUACCGAAAUCUUAUCAAUCCCAAAUCAGUAUUUGGUAUGUGUAACUGCUGUUGAUCAUGAUGCGUUGUAUGCACUUCAUUCCAUGUCCUUCAUUCAUCAACUGGAGAAACAUAAGCUGCAGAUAAAAGUGAUUAGUGGGCUUGGUCAUAAUUUAUUGCGAAGAUUUUGUGGCAAAUAUGGCCAAAAUCAACACAGGAUUAUCUCACAUCUCAAGGAAGAAUGCAGGGAUGACCGAAUAACAGUCGAAAUUAACUUCAAAAACAAUGAAGUUGUGUUAUUUGCUACAAGGCAGGACAUAGAAAAGGUCUUCUGUAUUGUUAACGGUGCUUUGGAGUGUGAAGCUAAGAUGUUGAGGAAUGAGUGCCUCGAGAGAAGAUUAUUUCCUGGGAGGCCUGGCAGUUCUCCUCUUGCAUUGUUUGGCUCGGGUGCUGAAAUCAAGCAUUUGGAACUUGGGAAGAGGUAUCUAACAGUAGAGGUUCUCCAUCAAAAUGCCCAUGAUAUCAAUGACAAGGAGCUUAUUUUUUUGGUGGGCAGUCUGAUCCCCGGUGUCGCUAAUUUUCAUAAAUCAGCUGGGAACUUUCGGAUAGCCUCAGAUGAAACGAAAUGGGGGAAGUUUACAUUCCUCAAACCUGAAGAUGCUGAAGAUGCUGUGUUAAAAUUGAAUGGAAUAGAGUUUCAUGGUUCCUCAUUAAAAGUGGUUCCAGUAUGUUCUUCUGAUAAUCGAGGAUUACCAUUUCCUGCGGUAAGAGCUAGACUAUCAUGGCCAUGUAACCCAAGCAGGGGGCGUGCAUUUGGGACCCGUUUGCUCAGGCUCAGGGAAGCACCCAUAAUUGGCCCUUCUGUUUCUGCAUGUGAAGAAGCGCUGAUUAGAGAAAUUUCUUCAUUCAUGCCAAACAAGAGUUUUCCUGGACAAAAUUUCCGUGUUGAAGUCUUCCCUCCAGAGGAAAACAACUCAAUGAUGAGAGCAACUAUAACUUUUGAUGGAAGUCUUCAUCGAGAGGCUGCAAGAGCGCUGGACCAUCUUGAAGGAAGCUUUCUUCCUUGUUGUCAACCUUGGCAGAUGAUACGCCAGGAAGUUAAUUCUCUGCUUGAGAGUUUCCGAAGCCAGAAAGUGUUAGACAAAGCUUGUUUAAGCUCUAGGCAGUCGGUCUCAAGGACAACUCAGCCCAUGCCUAAGGAGCGCCAAACUUUCGUGGAACAAACACGUUCAACGCCAUACACCCCGGGGUUGAGCUGUUUGUGCUUAACGCCAGAGUGCAUGGCGCUGAACUGUGAGUAUGUGUUAUUUCAAGAAUCACCGCAAGAGUUUGUUGGUAGAUACACUAGUUUACACAUGUAUGUGUGUGAUCACUUGCAAGACUGCAACCAAGGUGUGUCUUACAAUUUCGAAAAGACUGAUAAUGGUAUUUUCCGGUUAAAGCUCACUGCAAAUGCCACAAAAACAAUAGCAGAUUUGAGAAGGCCUCUUGAGAUUUUGAUGAAAGGCAACACUAUAAACCACCCUGACCUGACAAUAAGUGCAGUUCAGCUACUUUUGUCCCAUGAUGGUGUAGCACAUUUGAAAUCUAUUGAACAAGAAACUGGUACUUACAUUCUUUACGACAGACAAAGUCUGAAUAUUAAAGUCUUUGGGCACCGAGAUCAGAUGGCUACAGCAGAGACAAAAUUGGUGCACGCACUUACAGAGCUCCUUGAGAAGAAGCCCCUGGAAAUUAGUCUUCGUGGCCAUAACCUCCCUCCAGACUUGAUGAAGAAAACAGUAGAGAACUUUGGAGUUGAUCUGGAAGGACUUAAGAAAGAAAUGCCUGCAGUAAAUGUUGAGUUACAUAAACAGCGACAUCUACUUAAAGUUUGGGGUAGUAAAGAGGAUAAGCGAAGGGUUGAAGGGAUGAUCUCUGAGCUGAUAACCUCUGUUAAACAGAAUGCCCUGGUUCAACUUCCGUCAGGGAGUGUUGGAGGAAGUAAGGAUAAGCAAAGGGAUGACAAUGAGCUGGCGCAGGAUGCGUGCCCUAUUUGCUUGUGUGAGACUGAAGACCCUUUUGAGCUUGAAUCAUGUGGGCACAUGUUUUGUCGGGCUUGCUUAGUGGAUCAGUGUGAAUCUGCCAUGAAAUCUCAUGAUGCGUUCCCUGUUUGCUGCCUGAAAACUGGAUGCAGGAAGCCCUUCCUCAUAGUUGAUUUGAAGCACCUGGUGUCUAAUGAGAAGCUGGAGGACCUAUUCAGAGCUUCCUUAAGGGCAUUUGUUACAUCUAGAGCAGGAAUGUAUCGCUUCUGCCCGACACCUGAUUGCCAAUCCAUCUACCAAGUGGCAGCUCCAGAUGCAGAGACCAAGCCUUUUGUCUGCGGGGCUUGCUAUGUCGAGAUCUGCACCAAGUGCCAUCUUGAGUAUCAUCCUUUGAUGUCCUGUGAGGCUUACAAGCAAUACAAGGAAGACCCAGACGCGACGCUGCUUGAAUGGCGCAGAGGGAAGGAGAAUGUGAAGAACUGCCCUUCGUGUGGAUACACGAUCGAGAAAUCUGAGGGCUGCAACCAUGUCGAGUGCAGGUGCGGCAGCCAUAUCUGCUGGGCAUGCUUGGCGAACUUCAGGAGCAGCGAGGAGUGUUAUGGCCAUCUCAGGAAGAUGAUGAUGUUCGUCUGUCUGUAUAUUAACCUUGUUAUAAUUGCAUGA